AUAACCACUGUUGCCCCCCUCAGGCCUGUGUGUGCACCCCACCCCAGCCAUGGCCCAGGUCAGCAUCAACGAGCUACCUGAGAACAUCCUGCUGGAGGUAUUCACACACGUGCCCGCCCGCCAGCUGCUGCUGAACUGCCGCCCCGUCUGCAGCCUCUGGCGUGACCUCAUCGACGUCGUGACGCUCUGGAAGCGCAAGAGCCUGCUGAAGGGCUUCAUCACCGAGGACUGGGACCAGCCCGUGGCAGACUGGAAGAUCUUCUUCUUUCUCUGCAGUCUCCGCAGGAACCUCCUGCGCAACCCAUGUGCUGAAGAGGAUAUGACAUCAUGGCACAUCGACUCCAAUGAGGGGGACAAGUGGAAGGUGGAGAGCCUCCCUGGAGCACACGGGACAGAUUUUCCUGACUCCACAGUCAAGAAGUACUUUGUCACAUCCUAUGGCAUGUGCCUCAAGUCCCAGCUUGUGGACCUCAAAGCCGAGGGCUACUGGGAGGAGCUGCUGGACACGUUCCGGCCCGACAUUGUGGUUAAGGACUGGUUCGCUGCCAGAGCAGACUGUGGCUGUACCUACCACAUCCGAGUACAGCUGGCCUCGGCCGACUACAUCAUCUUGGCCUCCUUCGAGCCCCCGCCUGUGACCAUUGAGCAGUGGAACGAUGCCAGGUGGACAGAGGUCUCCCACACCUUCUCGGAUUACCCUCCAGGCGUCCGCCACAUCCUUUUCCAGCACGGAGGCCAGGACACCCAGUACUGGGCAGGCUGGUACGGGCCCCGCGUCACCAACAGCAGCAUCAUCGUUAGCCAUAAGAUGACUCGGAACCAGGCCCCCUCCAGAGGUCAGCCGGAGACCACGCAGGGGCAGGAGGAAGCUGCCCACUUGCCCUCCCCACUUGAUCUCCACAGGCCCUUCUGACAGUCCAUCAUCUGACAGCCAUUCAUCCGUCCUCUGUCUGGGCCAGCCGAAUGCCGAAGGUUCCCUCCAGGCAAGAGCUGAGCAUGUAGUGGGCAGCGAGGGCCCCUGCCCUGGGAGCUCUUGCCCUAGUUCCAACCUUGGGCAGACCCACCAGCGUCUGGUAACGUACUGUCACAUAGCUCUGACAUUUUGUCAUAACAAACGUUUACAGUAAAACCAGGCUGGGGUGGGUCUAGGGGUGGGGGGUAUAGGGGUCCUUGGCACUUUGGCAGAGAAGCAGCCCUCCCACUCUGGUUACUGACAGCCCAGCUCAGCCCUUGGGGCCCUUUUAUUGAAACAGCUCACAGCACAGUAUUGGAGACAGACAGUGUUGGCCGGCCGAAUCCAGGAGGCUGAGACAUCGUGGUCCCAGCACCCUUCCCUGCCCUCCUCUGGAGAAGCCCUCAGUGAAGGCAACCAGACCUGAGCAGCCCCAGGCUGGAGGAGG